CGGCUCGCACGGGGUGCGGGACCCCGCAGCCCUGCCCCACGGUGGUCCAUGGAGGCACGAGGUCCAGGUGGGUGAGGAGCCAGCGCUGCGCCCGGGAAGCCCCGUUCCCGGGCCAUGGAGGGACAGGUGAGGCUGCCGCCCGGAGAACGCUGCCGAGAAGGUUCUGUGCUAUCUCUGGUCUGUCCAAACUCUUCCCAAGCUUGGUGUGAGAUCACUAAUGUAUCACAGCUGCUGGCUUCUGUACUCUACACAAAUCUGAAUUGCAGCAUAACCAGCGUGAGCAUUUCAGCAAGUUUAGAAAACAAAUAUAGUCUUUAUGUGGGCUUGUUACUGGCCAUAAGUUCCAGUAUUUGUAUUGGCUCCAGCUUCAUACUGAAAAAGAAGGGCCUCUUGCAAAUGGCCAACAAGGGUGCUACUAGAGCAGGACAAGGCGGGCAUUCUUACCUCAAGGAAUGGCUGUGGUGGGCAGGAUUACUAUCAAUGGGAGCAGGAGAGGCUGCAAAUUUUGCAGCUUAUGCAUUUGCACCUGCCACCUUGGUCACCCCUCUGGGCUCCUUGAGUGUUCUCAUAAGUGCAAUAUUAUCUUCCUAUUUUUUAAAUGAGCACUUGAACAUUCAUGGGAAAAUAGGCUGCAUAUUAAGUAUAUUGGGGUCAACUGUGAUGGUUAUCCAUGCCCCACAAGAAGAGGAAGUCACUUCUUUGCAUGAAAUGGAAAUGAAAUUGAGAGACCCAGGAUUCAUUUCCUUUGCUGUGAUCAUAACUGUGAUCUCCUUGGUGCUGAUUUUAAUUGUGGCUCCUAAGAAAGGACAGACCAAUAUACUGGUCUACAUUUCAAUUUGUUCUUUAAUUGGAGCAUUCUCAGUUUCUUCUGUCAAGGGCCUGGGAAUUGCCAUUAAGGAACUACUAGAUCGGAAGCCAGUUUACAAGAAUCCACUGGUCUUUAUUUUGCUGGCUGUACUUGUGCUUUCAGUCACAACACAGAUUAACUAUCUCAACAAAGCACUGGACACUUUCAAUACAUCUCUUGUGACUCCUAUUUAUUAUGUGAUCUUCACCUCCAUGGUAGUGACAUGCUCUGCCAUCUUGUUCCAAGAGUGGUAUGGCAUGAAAGCUGGAGAUAUCAUCGGAACCUUGAGUGGGUUCUUCACCAUUAUCAAUGGCAUCUUCCUUCUACAUGCUUUUAAAAAUACUAACAUUACCUGGAGUGAGCUGACAUCCACUGCUAAAGCAAAAGUCCUUUCUCCAAAUAGCAAUGAGAACAAUUACAUGUUACUAGAGAAUGUAGAUUUUUCAACAGCAGGAUAUGAAGAUGACAUUACCUUGUUUAGCAGGACUGAUGAUCAAAACCUCUGUAAAUCCUAAAUUUUCUCCAUUAUAAGACACUUUGAAAGGAGAAAGAAGACUUAUUCUUGGAAGUACUGUUGGGAAAGUUAGUGUUUAUAAAAUUCUAACACUUUAAACAUGAGGCAAAAAAAAAUUUUUUUUUGGUACCAGGAAUCAAACUCAGUCCUUGCGCUGGCGCAGCAGGCGGCGAAACCACUGAGCUAAAUCCCCAGCCCCAUGAGGCAGAAUUUUAAAAAGUCUUCACUUGGGCCAUCAAAUUUGAACAUCAAGUUUUGAUAUUCUUCCAGAAGAUUUCUCCAUCUUUCCAUUUCUGCAAAUUUUUAAAUACUGCCUAAGCAUAAAAGAAGUCAAGGAGUUAUAUUUGUCUCAGAAUAAUCUCUUCUGACUACAGUAGAUUUGCUUUCUCCAGGUGGUGCCUUAUUUCCUUGGUGGCUAUUCCUAGAUUCAUAGUAAUUCACAGAUCAAAUUGUCUGUGUUCUGAGAAGCAGAGUUAUCGGUCACCAUUCUCUGGUGAGUCAUAAUCCCACAUCAUUAAAACUGAGAAGUGAGAACACUGUUGCUUCAUCCUCCUUUCUGUAACUUCCUUCUUUUUAAACUAGAAAAUUAAAAGGCAGAGUAUUAAAGAAAAAAACAGGCCUGCUUUCAAAAUCUGUACCUCAGUGAGCUAGAAGGCGCAAGACACACCCACCCAUGAAGACACAAAUAGCAGUUUAAUCAAAAAUCAUAAGACUAUUACCAAUUAAAGAGGGAGGAUGGAGAGAGGAGGAAAGUACUUCAGACCUCAGAUAGAGGAAACAAAUUUUUCUUUUCCCAAAAACACACAUUCAAAGAACAGGUUCUUUUAACACAAAUCUGGAUAGCAUCAGACAAAGCAAACUCUCUGGAAAAAUCCAAGUGAAUUCAGCUUUGAAGUUACAUUCAUUUUGUCCCAUUCUUCUAUUAUUCCAUAGGUUACUUUUCUUGUAGAUAUUUUUGUGAAAUAACUGCUACAUUUUAUCAGGAUUAUAUGGUCCACUUUAAUUUUUCUCAAAUAUUUUAUCCCUAAAGGAUAGGUUUCCAAGACUGUUUGGAAUUUUGGGGGGAAAAAAAUCUUUGUUUAAAAAAGAAACGUGCACAAGUUAUCGUAGUGAUUCUCUUGAAAUUUAGUUCUGUACCCCUUAGUAAGGAAAUUAUAAUCAGUUAUGAACUUUUCAAAAUUAGCGUAUCCUAUCACUGUAAGUGGCCAGAUUGGUUUUUUCUGUUUAAUUCAUCCUGGCCACAUUUUUCCACAUAGAUAUUGAUACAGUUUGAAGAGAUUGGGAAGGAGAAUGAAAUUCCUAUAAAACAAAAUAUUAAGGGCUGGGGAUUUAGCUCAGUGGUUUUGCUGCCUGCUGCACAAGCGCAAGGACCCGAGUUCGAUCCCCGGUAUAAAAAAAAAAAAAAUUAAGACCUUAGAGGCUAUUACAAAGGUAUCUUUUUCACAUUAAAACUUCCAUACUGGGCCAAGGAUUUAGAUCAAUGGUGCUGCUGCCUGCCUUGAAAGCACAAGGUCCUGAGUUCGAUUCCCGAUACCAAAAAAAAUUCCACACUAUUUUCCUAUUUCGUUCCAGAUUCAUGGCAGGAAUAACAUUUAUGGUGAACUUUAUUGUUUAUGGGCGGAUUUCCUAUCACCUAUUGGUCUUAUAGAAAACAAAUUUGCUAUCAUGUCUAGAUUAAAAUUCUGUCGAAACAAAUCUAACCAAAAAGAAAAUUUUAAAUUGUUUGGAUUGUUUCUUCUAACUUCAAACAUUAUUUUGUUUUUCUGUUUUUGAGCAAAGUCAAGCCUACCAAGGAUAAUAAAAAGUAAACUCUGCCAAUCAGAAUUCUGUUAAACUGACUUCAGCAUUCCCACAAUUCUACUGAACUAUGACUGAUGCUCACAGUGAUGAUCUGAAAUGACAGCAGAGUCUUAAACUGCUGUUAAAAUCUUCAGCAUAGUUUAGUGUUCAGCAUAGUUCAAGGCAUUCUAAAUUUUUGAAAAUUGAUUAUCCAUGGAAGAUCUCUGGAUUGAUACCACAGGUUAAAUACAUGUAUACUCUGUUGACUGCUAAUUAUUUUUACUUGUGUAUCAGAUAAAUAAGCUGUGAACACAAAUUUGUAGAAGUGUCUUCUGAAAAAGUAGUAUUUGAAAACUGUAGAACUUUUUAAAUGUUCUUUUGAGUAUUGAGGACUCCCUUGUUUUUCUCAGGAUACCUUCUUGGUAAGGAAAUUAAUGGAAUUUUUGACAUCUAACCUAAGGGUAUGGUAGUGGUGCUCCACUCUGGGGAAUUUAAGUCCCACACAUUAAAUAUCACCUGUUACUUGACAUCUUAAAUGUCAAGUUUUGCCCUUGAUACAUUGUUCCCAGGUCAAAAUUUCUUGGAACACAAGGAUCAGUGUGUAUCCUAGAUUGGGAAAUGAACUGGUGCUGACAUAUAUGCCCAGGAGAAAGACUGAGAAAGAUUUCAUGAGUUGUAGUACAUGGGAAAACAAUGAAAUAUUUGAACAGCUUUCUCUACAAAAAUUAGUGGUGGACAUAUGCAUUAAAAAUCUUAAAAUGUUUUUGCAAAUCUAACACUAAUUUUCCCAAAUAGAGAGAUGCUGUUGAAGGAGGAAUAAAAUGCUGGAUCACUUAUUCGCACCAACUGUGUUAGUCUUUGCUGGCUGUUUCAUAUAUAUGUAUGUACAUAUGUAUAUGUAUUUUAACAUAUAUGCAUAUAUUUAUCAUCACAUAGAUAUAUUUGUAAGAUUUAUUAUGUGAAUUUUGGUGUAUCUGUCUUUAAGGAUUAUAAAGUUGUACCAGCACAGAAAGAAAUGAAAGCCUUUCUUCAAGCUGUAAAGAUAAUGGCUUUAUUUUAUUUUUUGUCUUAUAAUUUUACUCCUUUGUCAAUAAUGAUUUUUAGUUCAGAUUACAGAAGUCCAUAAAACUCUUUAAAUUUAGCAUCAUGAAAUCAGAUUAACACCCAUUUUUUUAAAGUAUUAAGUCAAACACAUAGGAAACACUUUGCAUUAUCCCCAAUAUUUUAGAAGCACUUGAUAAUUAGUUCUCCUUGAGCCAACAUGUUAAUUCUUACAGUCUGCUCACUAGAGAGAGAGGACCGCUGGGUGCCAGUUUUCACAAACCCCUCCUCUUUUCAGUUUGUGUCACAUUAAUUCCUUUUACAUUAUCCAGGUGACAGUGACUUUCAUCUUGGUACUAUCAAUACCGAUAUAAUAUUCCAACAAAAGUAUUUUUUCUUAAAACCAGUAAAGCUGAAGUAAAUGCUAAUUUUACCUUUCAACAAAGCCAUGUUAAAAAAGUAAUUUAUAUUAAUAUAUGUGAAAUGUUCUCAUGUGUUUUAAUUAUGUUCAUGAAAUUUUAUAUUUUUCAAAAGUUUAUAAAUAUUCAUUUUAGAGAGUACAGGUUUUAACAGUUUUUGUAUAUUUUACAUUUGCAAUAAAAUAAUGUGGUUUAAUUACA